GUCUCGGGUGCCCUCUACCCCACCACGUUCGAAUCUCGGUCGCCAAUCGCGGGGAAGGAGGCGGGGGGCCGCGCUUGUUUACCGCCCAACGGUCGCCGCGGGAAGCAGUCCUCGUCCCGCCGCGGACGCCUCCUCGUGGGCUCCCGGCAAUGCGGGAUAACAUCAUACGUGGACAUAAGAUAUGGAAAACUGUGACUUGGUGAAUGCUGUACAAGGAGUCCCUUUGGUUUCUGCGGAUGCUGAUGUCAGAAAUACCCACAACUCUGUCUUUAACUUGAAUUCUAACAGAAAUCCCUCACCCAAUCCUAAUGGAGUUUCUGGUUACUCAGGGAAUACCAGGUCCUCGUUAAUACCUGGUUCUGUUGAAGUGCUUGCCUCCUUUAUGCAAGAUAUCCAGAACAUUGGAAGUGCUGACUCAGAAACUGUGAAGAACUGUGAGACAAAGUGGCUACAGUUAUUCAGGCUGGUAGAAAAACAAUGUCAAGAACAAAUAGUUGCCCAGCAAGAGCAGUUCCACCAUCAAAUUCAACUGAUUCAGAAUGAGAUAAGGGAGUUAGUGAAACUGCAGACCAGCAAUUGGGGUGCCAGCAAGAGCAGAAGUUUGCCUGCCAAACUUACAGACACUUUUUCUUCAUUAGAAAGUCAAAUGGGGUUGCGUUCUGAAAUCUUUGAAGAAAAUGAGUGCAUUGUCAAUCAGCUUAAAUCUAAUGAAGCAGAAAUUCAGCCAAAUGCAUCUGCUUUGCAUCAAGAACAUUUUGCAAACGAUGUUUCAGUGAGUAGUGGGUAUGGUACUCUUUCUGCUUCCGAACUGAACCCUAACAAAUCUACCCACGUUAGCAACUGCACAGACUACAUGGAGAAAACUUCACAAGGACAGGGUGAUGCAGCAGUAUUGCACAGAGAUGCAGUCGUAGCCAGUGUUCAAAAUAAAAGAGAACUUUUACUGAAAAAAACAGAGGAAAAUUGUCCAUCAGGAAAGAAUGAUGUUUUAGUUUUUCCUGCUGAAUUUGAACAUAAGGUUAAUGAAGCUCAAUGUGGAAAAAUAAACAGUAAAACUUUAACAUCAUGGGCGCAGAAGUUGAAACAAAACCAACCAAGAAGAAUAAAUGUGGAAGAAGUACAUGUGAGCUCUAUGCAAGGAAAUGAGCAAGCAAAGAAAUUAACACUUGAGAAUACAAAUCUUACUGCUGCUGCUUUGCCAUCUUACACUUUUUACCUCAACCAACCAAAUGAAAGUCCGAAUUCCAUGGUGUCUGAAGCUUCAGGACUUUCAUACUGGAAACUAGAUGAAAAGGAGAUGUAUCAGCCUUUACCUGAAAACUUCAGAAAUGAAUUCACUGAUAUAUUCUCCACAAAGGUAUCACCAGAUCAGUUGUCUUCUGCUGAUGAAGUAAAACCAUUAUCAUUGAAGGAUAUUUAUCAUAAAAGGCAAAAGGAAAACAAGCAACUGCCAGACUGGAAUUUUAUGUCAUCUUUCCAAUCAAGUCACCCACCAGAGAUCUUGACAUUGGACCCAACCCUGCAUAUGAAACCAGGUCAGCAGACUCCAGGACAUUAUUUUUUCAAUAUUCCUGAAGAGACAGCUCCUUUUUCUCCAGACUCUGUGGCAGAGCCCAGAUUAUUAAGUCACUGUGACACAGACUCUUUUUCACAGACAAGUAAUUCGUCUCGGCUAGGUGGUUCUCCAGAAUAUUCUGCCAGCAGUAGACCUGUGCAUCUGGACUCCUGUAAAAAUCACCCAUUCCAGAAUGAGGACAAGACCAGCUGUCCUUUUCCAAUGGCAUAUGCUGAUGCUAGUAAUGAUAUUUUAGUCAACACUGAGGAGGAGGAAACAUUGACUCUGACUCCAUCUUCUAUUGCUCAUUGUGCUGACAACAGUUUACCAGGAUAUAGUCUUUCAGUGACAUCUUUUGAAGAUCCUGUGAUAUUAUCCAAGAUUAGGCAGAACUUGAGGGAAAAACACGCUCGACACAUAGCUGAUCUACGAGCUUACUAUGAUGCUGAGAUAUAUACCUUAAAACAACAGCUAAAGGCAAGCCAUAAAACUGCUUCCUCUGAAGAUUUGAAGAAAAUCAAUCAAAAUCUUUCUGACAGGUGUGACCAGUUAGAUGCAGCUCUGAAUGAAGCAAGUGCUCGCAUGAGAGCUCUUGAAAAUAAGAAUAAUAUGCUAGAAAAGCAAGUGACAGAUUGGAGAGAACGCUUUUAUGCGGUCAGUAGUACUUCCAAAGUUUUGCAAGAACGUAUUGAAGAAAUGCGCACAAGUAAUAAAGAGAAGGAUAACACUAUAAGUCGACUAAAAUCAAGGCUUAAAGAUCUAGAGGAAGCGUUUGAAAAAGCUUACAAAUUGUCUGAUAAUAAAGAUACAAAGCUAAAGGAAGAAAAUAAAAUGUUUCAGAAUCUUUUAGGAGAAUAUGACUCCCUUGGAAAAGAACAUGAAAGAGUAAAGGAUACAUUAAAUGCAACUGAAAACAAAUUGCUUGAUGCAAACACCCAGAUCUCCGAUUUGAAAAGAACAAUUUCAAAACUUGAAGCUCAGCUUAAGCAGGUAGAACAUGAAAAUAUGCUGAAAAUUCGUCAAAUUACUGAAAGUCGUUUAGGGACUUCUUGUGCCAACAAACUGGCAACUCCUGAUGUCAGCAGGCGGAAGUGGUUGAUACCAGGAGCAGAAUAUUCAAUCUUCACUGGUCAGCCUUUGGAAAUCCAGGAAAGCCCUAAAGAUAACAGACUAGAAGAAACUUGUAUUCCUUCUAGGCACCAUUCACCUCCUGAAAAGGACCCUUCACAAGAAGACUCUUCAACAGGCACAAUAGAGAAGAAGGAAAGUGAGAUGCCAGAAACGCCAAUAAUUAAAGCCUUUAAAGAACUUGAAGGAAAAGCAUUUAAAGAUUGGGGUACACAGACAGAAAAAGAAGACACAUCAGCUAAAGCAUCCAAUCGACGUCAGACUGUUGGGUUUGAUGAAACUUCUUUUGUUGCUAAUCGGUCCCCAGAGAAAGGUAAAGAACAGCAAAGACCAAAACGAUACAGCUCCCCUUCUGGCCAGCGGUCAUCCUCUCUUCCUCCUUCGAAUAGGAAAUCAAAUACUCCAACAACAAGGGAGAUAAUGUUGGCCCCAGUGUCUGUGACAUAUAGCCCAAAACGAUCUCCAAAAGAGAACUUCUCUCCUGGAUUUAGUCAUUUGCUUAGCAAAAAUGAAAACACAGUGACAAGAUUUGAUAUCCUUUUGGAUGACCUGGAAAGUGUUCCUACAUCUACUUCACAGCAUAGCAAUCCAAGAAAAAGACUCCAGUUUCUCUCACUAGAUGAUGUAGAAGGGAGGCAUCAUUCAGGUGUCAGAGAGAGCUCUUGUGCUGAAUCCUUCAAUAAUGAAAUGAAGAAAGCAACAACUUGGGAUGAGAGGAGCAUAGCACAGAAACAUGAGCCAAUGCUAUCGUCUUGUGAGAGAGACUUCAAGUACACAGCAAGGAUUAAGACUCUGGCUGAAACAGAGAGACUUUUUGAUGAGCUCACUCAGGAAAAGCAACAGAUUGAGGCUGCAUUGAGUCGAAUACCUUGUUCUGGGGGAAGAAUGACCUUGCAAGCAAGAUUAAAUCAGGAAGCCCUGGAAGAUCGCUUGGAACGGAUUAAUAGAGAUUUGGGAUCAAUACGCAUGACUCUGAAAAGAUUUCAUGUUUUACGUACCUCUGCUAAUCUUUGAGAAUUCUCUCUUGAAUUUAAAUAUGCUUUUGUUUGCACUAAUGUAUAAUUAUGCACUCAGUAAAUGCAAAUUGUUUUGUAUUUUUAUAAACCCUGAAUAGUAGUUUUACAACCAUGUUACCCUUUACACGCAGCAAUAUUUUGUACCUCAAACAGCCACCUAUAUUUUAAACAUAUUUUUGUUACACUUGAG